CUCUCUCCUCCAGCCAGCACAGCAACGCUGAAUUACAAAAUAGAAGAGGCAAGAGGUAGAAGGAAGACAACAUGUCAGAAUCAGAUAGGAAAUCGAAUCUGAAGAAGUCAGCCACAGCCAACAAAAAUAUUAAAAAGCUGCGGAUCAUAAGCACGGUGUGCAGCUUGACUAAAAGUUGGCAGCAGUGGGCUUCAGAAAAUGAGGAUAAGCAUGCCAGUGAACCUUCAGGAUGGGCACCUCACGCUGAGAAAGAAGAAAAACCAAAGCAAUAUAAAAAGAGAAGUGCUGAUCAAACAACGGGAUCUAUUCAAAAGACACAAUCUACCGAGAAACUUGAAGGUGAUUCUGGUAAAGAACCUUUGGAGUCAAAAAUCAGAAGCAAACAGGUGACAAAAACAAUAACAAGUAAGGUUCAGGAGAAAGGGAGCGACAUUAGCUUUUUGACAAAUAGAUAUAAAAAUGAUACAAAUGAGGCUGAUAAAAUCCUGUACGGGAACAUGUCUCCAACACGGAGGAGAAAAUGCUCCAACCUAGUCUCUGAGCUCACCCAGGGCUGGAAGGACAUGGAGAAAGAAAACCACAAGACCCCGAGUAACAGCAUGGACACUGAGGACAGUGCAUUUUUAGAGAGAGAUGAGAAAAAACAGGAAGAAAUGGAAAAAUCUGAGAAACAGGAGGUAACAGAAGAAUAUUCACCUGUCAGGAUCAAACGACCUUCAACUACACUCGUGAAUAAAGAUGUGGAUGAAGCAAAAAAGAUCAACCUUCUUGCUAAGAAACACGGUCCUGUGGGCAACCUGAAGAGCAGAUGGCAAAACUGGGCUGAACAGCACACUGUGACUCAGAAGCUAAACCCUUUCAGUGAGAACUUUGACUACAGCAUGUCCAUGGCCACCCGUCUCCACAAGGGUGACGAAGGCUAUGGAAGGCCAAAGGAGGGCACCAAGACUGCUGAGCGGGCAAAAAGAGCAGAGGCCCAUAUCCACCGCGAGAUCAGCGACAUGUGCUUCAUUAUCAGAACCAUGGAGAAUCCUGGACCAGACGGCAAGACGCGAGUAAACUUUGGACAACUUUUUGACAGAUAUGUGCGUAUUUCUGAUAAGGUGGUUGGCAUCCUCAUGAGGGCCAGGAAGCACGGAAAGCUGCAUUUUGAGGGUGAAAUGUUAUGGCAAGGUAGAGAUGACCACGUGGUUAUUACUCUUUUAGUAUAACAUUUAUGGAUUGCAUCAGCACUUCCAUUAAAAAGGGGUUGUCAGUAUUGUAUACUGUAAACCAGUGUAGUGAGGUUAGUAUUUAUCUUUGACAAUUUUAGGACUUAAGGCUGCCAAACACCUGAUGCGACCCGACAAAAAUAAUAGAGCCUAUACUGUUAAUAAGAACCUUUCACACCCCAGGUGACACUUAAGCAUUGUGGAAAAAAAAUAGGAGUACAUCUUAUUUUUGAGUAUGAAUAUAUCACACAACAAAUCAAUCUCUCAUGCAUGUGUUCUAAAAUACUCUCACUCUCUCUCUCUCUCUAUAUAUAUAUAUAUAAACCUUGCUCUUACUCAGGGGUGUAAGUACUUGGAUAUUGAUAAAUAUAAGGAAGUUAAUAACUCCACAAAAUUGUUUUUUUUUCUUUAAAUCUACACAGUAUCUCUCUCGCUCUCUAUAUAUAUGUAAUACAGAGGAAAUGGUCAAAGGCUACACAUUAAAUAGAGUAUCAAAAAUAGUUGCAUGUAACAUUACAUCAAUGUGCAUUUUUGAUCAUCCGAAUUGUGCUUUUUAGAAUUAUUUCAAUGACUUAAUUACGUUGGUAUCUAAUGAUGUAAUUAUUACGUGAUUAAUAUUACCUCUUUCAAAAUGAAAGGAUAUGCCUCUAGAGGGUGACAUUUUAUAACACUUUUUUUUCUUAAAUAAACCCAGUCUAGUUUUGUGAAGUCUUUUAUAUAAAUAAAUCAGAGAAACAAAUGUGUCUGUGUAAUUUUAUUUAUUGCUGUGAACAAAACACAUUGCAUUGUAUAAAGCUCAAUGCACACCUCUUUUCUGUUUUGUUAUAAAAAAUGUGUUAUAUGUAUUUAUUUUGUGUAAAACCCCAAAUAAGCAAACCAACAGCGAAUUACCCACAUCAUGAACUCAUUCAAAUGACCUAAAAAAAAAAAUUAAAAAAAAUCUGUGAUAUUAGUGUGGCCCCCUAUAAACGUAUACUUUAUUUCAUGGUUUUACUUUAUUAUCAAUGUAAAAUUAUUAAGACAGUUGUCUCAUUACUGUAACAAGUCUAUUCAAUCAAAAUACAUUGUUGAUUUUAAGUGGGCAGACUUCUUUUAGUAGGCAACAUUUACCUUUAACAGCCUUUAAAGCAAUGUGCUAUCCUGCUUUGAAGCAGAACCGUGCUGCCUGCUGUAAUGCACCCAGCUGAAGUAGACACAUAUUCAUUAUUCACUAUUCAGAUGGUGGUUAAAACCUGAAGCUACACACUUAUUCAUUAGUCAGUUUUUAUAAUUGGAUUA